UUGCUCCUAGUAGUAAGGCCAGAAGCCCCUAGUAGCGUCCUUGCUCCUAGUAGCGAUGCCAGGAGUCCUUGCUCCUAGUAGUAAGGCCACACAGAAUGAUCCGGACAAUUUUGCUUUGAUUUUUCGACCCACCACAGUCACAGUGGCAGUGACUGCUUCGAACGGGGAUGUUGGGAAGGGGGUCAGUUUGCAAGAAUGCUGGUAGUUUAAUUAGGCGUUUCUCUCGCAGAAGAGGCAGUAAAACGACUAAGUUCCUGACUUCCUGUUUCCAUCUCAGCAUCUUUGGCAGCAAGAGGCGGAGGCCAAAUCGAGAAAGCUGGGAGAACUUGGACCAUUGGGUGCUGGGGUGCUGGUGCUGGGGUAGCUGGCUGCGGGAAAACUUUAAACUAAGGCAACUAAGGUAAGAUUAUUAAUUUGUUUGGGGUGCUUUGGCGGCUGUGUGGUGCAAGCUGGAAGUGGCACAAGGGCACUCAACUGAAACACGAGGAAAGUCUGUUUGAAAGAUGUUUGGGGGCUUGCGUCUUGUGUUUGUACCAUGUGUUAAGCUUGCAACAGCAUUCACGUGUUGUUGCUAUCUGUUGCUACAAACAGUUGUCCUUUCUUCUUGGAUGAUCCCGUGAUUGCCUGUUUUUUUUCUGGUUCCGCUGCGCAACGUCUGGGGCUAAUAUGCUGCACAGCAAGCUGCCACACACCAUUUUGCCAAGAAUUGAUUCGAAGUUCUUUGGAACUGCUUUGAGCCCUUGAAUGUCGUUUGAUUUUGUCGUGACAAGUUUUUUGAAGUUCUCAAUAAUAGAGACCUCAGUUAGGGUAGGGACGCCAGUAGAGUUGGGGUGUUAGACAUGCUAAAGAGUCCCCACUUCAGUCCAAGGACCGAAGCCUGCUCCAGUUGCUCUUCCAAAAGGCUGGCGAUGAGAAGCCGGUAGUGACCUCAACCGGUCAACGAUUCACGUUCUUUGGUGGCUCUUCGCAACAUGGUGACCUUAGCGUUUUGACCAACAGUUGCUUCAAGUUACGCUUAGUUGUUAAUGCCAUUGCUUUUUCCCCAAUGUCCACUGGUCUGGGACAAAGGUAGAUGAAAUAGAUGAGAUGUGUUUUGAUUUGGUUAGUGCCGUGCACUAAGGAAGAGCCAGAGCCUGUUCCUGUUCCAGGAGUGUGCCCCUCACCGUUCCGUUUGCCAGGAAAGCUGCGGCAGGAAUUGCGCUCAUAUAUAUAUAUAUAUAUAUACACAGUAUAUGCAUAUAUAAAAAUGGCUGGAGAAUGAGUAACAAGAUUGAUUGUAGACUGACGGCCUCCAAUAGUUGAUUUUCCGUCCAUGCUGAAUUCUAAGGCUGUUGUUGCUUUCUCAAGGGAGUCAAAGCUCAGGUGGCUCGAGCUGGAAUGCCUUUGGACAUCCCUGGCAUGCCUCCUCGAACUGUGGAUGUUCUAUUGGAGAUUCGAGCCCGGGCAGCAGAGAAAGCAAAUGCGCGGAAAGGUAUAGCACCGAAGCCGCCACCAAAGCCUGCCAAUGAGCCACCAAACCAUUACGAGGUUUUGGGCAUCGAUCUCCGGGCAGACGAUGCAGCGAUCAAGAAGGGCUACCGGAAGCUUGUUCUCCAAUGGCAUCCGGACAAGCAUCCAGCAGAUAGAGCAGAAGCAGAAGUUAAAAUCCGUCAGAUCAACUUGGCGUACGAGACUAUCAGCAAUCCGCUGAAACGCCAAAGUUAUGAUCAGAUGCUUCAAGCGAUCGAAAGGAAGCGCUUGAAUAUCCGGCUCGAGACGCAAUUUAUCAAGCCCAGGAUGAGCAUUCCAAAGGAAUUCAUGCUUUGUCCUUUAGGGCAUUCGGAUAAGUUCGUCCGAAUUGUGGACAAUCAGUUGCUGGUUCAGUCCAGAGAUGAUGCACUCGGCAUAGCUUUCCAGGAGUUUUUCCAGGCUGCGAAGUUCUCGCUUUGGUGGCUGCCAGAAGUCAACAACAUGUGCCGGCUUCGGGCACGCGAAACGGCAGGCCAGGGAAUGGAAGGUGGCAUCAAUGUCAGCUUCCAAUUUGAAGCAGGCCAAGAGGAGGAUGACACCGUUGAAAGCGCAUGUGAACUUUCUGAGGAUCAGGAUAUGAAGAGGUGCAACCUUAUAGUAAGCGCCUCACCCUUCAGCCAGGGGGCCUACCGCUUUGAAGGUGCUUUCUGGCCGGGCAGAUACAUGUCCUUCCGCGGUCCUGAUCAGCUGCGAAUGGCGGGCAAGGUAGAUGAGAGCUUGGAUGUUGCAGACUUCCUUCUAGUGGAUUUCUCAGCAGCCUACAAGUUCAUGACCACCAGCGAGGUGCUGAAAGGCGCCGUAGAAGGCCAGAGCGGAGCACAAGGAGGCUACGUGAAACUGGGCGAUCUGCGGGCUGAUUUGAGCGUAAGAUUAUACUUCCAGCAGAUGCUUGGUAGUGCAGUUUGGAACAACAAAGAUUUCGAGACCUUUUUCGAGGGUCACUACGAGGAGUGGGACUUUGAUGCGAAGAAGUCUCGGGUGCGCAUGCGGCCAGAUGGCCCUUUGAUGCGCCAAGCACCUCAGCCAGUGACCACUAAUGGCGAGCGCUCGCCGGUCUCGGAAAGAGAGCCUAGCGGUUUAGCCGAGAAGCUCAGUAACACUCAUAGCCAGAUGGCCACUGUCAAGCUUUUGCUGGAUGCCAAUGGCGACGACUUGGCCCGGCUUUCCCAUGCAGCAGCGGUGCCGGUGCUCUCGCGCCUGGCAGAGAAGGUCACGAACCAGGCACCCGACAAGAUUCGGGAUGUGACUGCUGCCCGGAGACGUUUCUUAAUCACUUUGCCAGUCUUGUUGGGCGACACCGUCUUCAGCAAGAAAGAACGGCGGCGCGAAGCGGCGUUGCCCUUGGCUACCUUGUUGAGCAUGCAGAAGGAUGUGGCGUCCAUCGGCAAGGCUGAUGCAGUGAAAGAGCUUGCAGCCGCCUGCCAAGGGGCAGUUGAAAGCAUCUCAGAACUCAUUGGUAGCAGAGUGCGACAUGCACCUGAAGAGGUGUCGUUAGAUAUGCUGCCAGAACUGUUAUCAUUGCCGUUGAACUGGCGAGUCGCAGCGGAGCCCCUGGCGGAUGCCUUGGCGCCGCUACUCAAGAGCCAGAAACCAGGGGUGCUCCUGCAGCCGCUACGUGCUGCUGCUAAGCUCCCGAAGUCAGCGCGGCCCAUCGUCGAAGCGCUGGCAGGUGUGGAGAUGCGCGGCAUUACCUAUGCCGAGGGCAGCAUGGCUGCAGAAAUCUUGCUGGCCUUGGCUGAGAACAACUGUGAGAUUGCCACGGUAGCGAGCAAGCUCCGACCGCCCUUGUUGCAGCGAUUGCCAUUGCCAGAUUUGGUCAGCAUUGUGGCAGCUCUUGGGGAGCAAGGUCUCAAAGAUGAGCUUCUAAGGCCGCCCUUGCAAGCCAAGGUCGCUGUGGCCGGACCCGGCCUGGCUGCCGUGCCGCCCUCGCGGCUUUUGCGUUUGGCCACGGCUUCCACACGAUCGCCUUGCAUCGCUGAAACGGCCUUAGGGCCAGUAGCUGGAGCCGCAGCUCAAAGUUUAGAAAGUUGGACUGCGGAGGACGUAGCAGAGCUGAUGUUGGUGGUGGCCACCUCCGGUGCUGCGGAGAGCCCUGGUGCCAAGCGGCUCUUCGGCCGCGUCACGGAGGUUUUGACCCCGCGGCUCACGGCCCUCAGCGCCACGGUGCUUUUGAAGGUGGUGGUGGCAGCUGGGGCUGCUGCGGCACACUGCCGGGAACUGCUGGAAGCUGCAGCUCACAAAGCAGUUUUGAAAGGAGCCGAUAUGAAGCCGGAGCAGGUGAUGUUGCUCACGCAAGGGGUGCUGCCCCUGGGUGGUGCUCAUCCGGUCGUCGCCCGGCUCCUGAACUUCUGGGCCCAGCUCCUUGCCGGCCCCGAGAAGGCUUCUGUGCUGCCAGCAGAUGACAUCGCUCAGCUGGCGAUGUUGCUCUCGAUGGUGGCGCCGGACCAGGGGCUGAUCUUUCAUGUCAUUGGCCUCAGGCUGCAGGAGGCGGGCUCCAGCUUGACAGAAGCUGGCUUCGCCUCCAUCGAUGCAGCUUUCCCGGAUGGCGCCGGACCGAACUUUCCAGGGAAGGAGCAGUUGUUGAGCUCCAUGAAGGAUUUGAAAGCCAAGCUGGCUGAGUCCUCCAAGAGCAAAGCCAAGCUGGUGCCACGGAGGGAUCGUUCCCGAAGCCGAUCACGGUCGCCCUUGGAUCGAGAGGAUUUCACUCUGUCCAUGCCCGUCACUGCCUUGAAGACCGAGCAACUCAAAGCCUGUGACGGCAGUGACAGCGUUGUUGGGACGAUGUCUUGGCCAAUGGCUGGAAGAUCGUCCAGGUCCAACUCCAAGGAAUCGUUGCAAAAGCGCCGGGAUCAGUUUAGGAGAGACUCACGGCCCUUGGUCCUUGACAACUUGGGAGAAGACCGGCGAAGCUCAAAAGAAACAUCUUCGACUACCUCCAGCUGUUUCUCGCAGCUCUUUCCCAACAUCCCAGACCCAGAGAGCCGACGCCAUUUGAGAGGGCUGAGCCUGCAUCCAGCUGCAAAUUCUGAUUUGGCUGAGUCAUAUGCUUCAGAUUUGGGGUAGAUUUGACCCAGACCCAUGUCUCGAGUAGCAAGCUAACAAUUGUGCAGUCCAGCUUGCAACAGGUGAGAAUGAGCAUUAGGGUCUCCUUUGAACCUGUACAGCAGGACCAAAAAUGUUCAACCUCCGUAUUUCAUCGCCAUUUUUCGUGGAAGUUUGCUCCCGGCUUUGCCGGAGGGGAUGAUAAUGACUCGCUUUGAAUGCGACUGGUGUGUUGGCUGUGUUUCAGAUUGCUCAAUGUUUGCACUGCGUCCCCUCCGCCCUCAGCAGAUACCACUCCUUCAGUGCUAUGUCAGUGUUCCCGCGCGACUCACCCAGUAGUCCGCCGGAUCACGGAACAUAUGGCCCAAUCGAGGCAGUCCGAGAGGCUCGCACUUUCGGAAAAGCGCCAGAUCACCAUCCCCCAGGCCCCAAGGGGAAAUGACCGCAAUGUAAACUUCAUCUCUCAAGCAACCAUCGUUGGCCGAAUGAAGUUGAGUUGUCUAAUGUUGGAUUGGACCGUUUUACGUAUUAUUUUUUUGUGGAGGGGGUACUAUAUUCGGCAUGUGCUGAAUGAUGCCAUUGCAUCACCUUGCAGUGUUUUGUUCUAUUCAAGUCGCUUGCGUGGUCUACACUGCUUUGCCAUGGAUUUGCCCCCACAUUUGCCUCCCGAGAAGGUUUGUCGAGAACACCUGGUGAGCAAGUCCAUGGGUGAACUACCCAGCUUGGAGCUUGAGGCUUUGGUGGACGUCAAUGAGUUCGUCACGGCGACCAUCCGUGAAUUGCCUUCGUUGUCUUUUGAUCUUGAUGAUGACGAUUUUGCUACCGGGACAUGGUCAGUGGGCGAUGUGGCCGUGAGAUCCAAGAAGGGAUACAAGGGAUCAUUGCAGAGGCGGCGCCGCCUCUUCCGGCGCGACAGUGACCCCCUUGCACUUGAGAAACUGCAGGAGAGUCUGAAGGAGCCAGUCAAGGAGGGCCAGGCACCGAAGCCCGGCUCCUUUGACCUCCUCUUUUCCAACCACCCGGAUCCUGAGAGUCGUCGCCAUUCCAUCAUUCCUGACCGACCAGUUCAGAACGGUGUCCGCGGCGUCCGGUCAUUUCCAGUUAACGACCGGUGGUUGGCUGGUGGCGAGGUGCAUGCGACCUGAAUGGAGAGAGCUGCUCUCAAGCAACAACUUGUAGCGGCCAUUUGCCUUGACCCCUUUUUUUUUCUGCUAUGGACAGGUGCCGUGACCCUUUGGCGUCACACUAGCAGAUGGAACGCCGUUGUGCAGGACAGUUUUUCCCGGCGUGUCCCACAUUUCCGCAGCAUGUCGGGUGCAUUUGAAGCUCGACUUGCCCUCAGCCGCGAUCGUAACCGCAGAAGCGAUGCUCAUGCUCAUGUCUAAGAUGUGGGCACAUGAGAUGUACACUUUCCUGACGGGCCUUGGGACGAGCUCAUUCGGUGCUAAAUUGCAUGCCAAGAUCUUCCCAAUUGCCUACAGCUGGGUCCCAGGUGAUGGUUGCCACAUGUUGCCACUACUAUGCAGAUACUUUGUUGCUGGCAGGCGUGCCACUAAAGAACCAAAGGUUUUGCAGCGGGUUCACAUAUACACUUGCACUCACUCUUUUGAGACACUUUCAGAGAGACUACUCGUAUCGGUCCUGGCUGUUGACCCAGCACAAAACAGUGCUGUGGUCUAGCUCAAAGACUGUGAUUCCCUGCAGUAAGCAGGCAACCCUGUCUUGCACAUGGCUGAGUUUUGCACGAUGAGACUUGAGCCAUUGGACCUUGUCCAAUCUGUGCCAGAAGGAGGAAAA